CCCUCCCCUUCCCUUUGCCCCUUGUUGUCCGUUUCCCUUUUCUCUCUCUUGUGAUCGAGAGAGAAAAGAAAAGAAAGAUUGCAACUCGAGCCGAUGCCCACAAAGCCAUGUCCGAAGCCACCGACCAGAACGCCUUAGCGCUACUCCACCACCACCACCACCCACCGCCAGCGCAGCCACACCCACUCGUCUCCCCCUCCUCCGCAGGUGCCAUCGUCCGCGACUACCGCAAGGGCAACUGGACCCUCCACGAAACCCUCGUCCUCAUCACAGCCAAGCGCCUCGACGACGAGCGCCGUGCCGGGGUCUCCUCCUCUCCCGCCGGGGGAGGAGGCGCCCUGCGAUCCGCGGAGCAGAGGUGGAAGUGGGUGGAGAACUACUGCUGGCGGAACGGCUGCCUCCGGAGCCAGAACCAGUGCAAUGACAAGUGGGACAACCUCCUCCGCGACUACAAGAAGGUCCGUGGCUACGAGUCCCGCGUCUCCGCCGCAGCCGGUGCCAGUGGGGAGCUUCCAUCCUACUGGACCAUGGAGCGGCACGAGCGGAAGGAGCGCAACCUCCCGACCAACCUCGCCGUCGAGGUGUUUGAGGCCCUGACCGACGUCCUCACCCGCAGGGCUGCCCGCCGAGCCAACGCCACCACAGUGCCAUCCCGUCCCCCGCCUCCUCUCCCCUCACCCGUCCUCGCGCUGCCGCCUGCCAACCCUCUGCCUCCCCCGCCUCCGCCUCCUCCUCCCCCUCCUCCACCACCACCAUCGUCCGCACAUCCGUCCGUUUCCGCGGAGAUGUCGGAGUCGGAAGAGAACGAGGGGCCGGCGACGACGACGACGACCGAGGAGCCGGACACGAAGCGGCGGCGGCUCCGGCGGCUGGGGUCGAGCGUGGUGCGGAGCGCGACGGUGCUGGCACGCACCAUGCUGGCCUGCGAGGAGAAGCGGGAGCUGCGCCACCGGGAACUGGUGGAGCUGCAAGAGCGGCGGCUUCGGCUGGAGGAGGACAGGACGGAGGUGCGGCGCCAGGGAUUCGCGGGCCUCAUCUCCGCCGUCGACAACCUCUCCGGCGCCAUCCACGCCCUCGUCGCCGACCGCCGCAGUGGCGACCACCGAUGAAGUGGACCCAGCGUGGGUGUGUGGGGCCGCGGGUUCGGUUGUAAAUAAAUGGAACCGAGGAGGGUAUCAAUUUUUUUGGAUGCUAUUAUUGAUUUCUUUGAAGUAUUUCCCUUCAUA